AUGGAGAGGACCAUGUCGAGACCGGUUGGGAAUUUGCCUGAGACAAUCCAUUCAUUGAUCGGUUUGAAAUAUCAUUUCACUUCGUCUUGGGUGAAAUCUGUCUGCGACAUCUCCAAGAACGUCUCUUCUUCUUCUGAGAUUUCCUCAACAUCAAAAGAAGAAGAUGAGUCUGCUUUCGUCGAAGUACAGAGCAUUAGAGAUCAGCUCUCUAGACUAACAGUUCAAGUAAAUGAUCAGAACAAACGUAGAAGAGAGAUUCUUAACGAGUUUUUGGACCUUAAAGGAAACAUUCGUGUGUUUUGUCGAGUCAAACCCCUAGACUCUAAAAACUCAAGAGCACCGGUUUCUUCGGACACAAGAAACGUUAUCAUCAAGUUAACAGAAAGCAAGAGAAAAACCUACAACUUCGACAGAGUUUUCCAACCUGAUUCAUCACAAGAUGAUGUUUUCUUAGAGAUUGAACCAGUAAUCAAAUCGGUUAUUGAUGGCUACAACGCUUGCAUUUUUGCGUAUGGACAGACUGGUACUGGAAAAACAUUUACAAUGGAAGGUCUUCCAGAAUCACCAGGAAUCGUUCCUCGAGCAAUCAAGGCAUUGUUCAAACAAGUGGAGCAAAGCAAUCAUAAGUUUGUAAUCAAGUUUAGUAUGCUUGAGAUUUACAUGGGGAAUCUCAGAGACUUGCUUGUUUCUCAAGGAACUAAACCCAUUAGUCCUAUUCCUCCAAGUCUUCUGAUUCACACAGACCCAAAAGGAGAGAUAGAUAUCGAGAACUUGGUGACUCUUAAAGUGACUGACUCUGAUGAAGUCUUCAAGUUAUACAAAUUAGGUUGUCGAAGCAGAGCAACUGCCUUCACUAACUCUAACUCUGCAUCCAGCAGAUCACACUGUAUGAUCCGUGUAUCGAUUACUUGUGCUGGAGCUCCUGAGAGACUGCGUGAAAGAAACAAGAUAUGGCUAGUGGAUCUUGGAGGAAGUGAGCGCGUGUUGAAAACUAAAGCCACUGGUCGCCGUUUUGAUGAAGGCAAAGCCAUUAAUCUCUCUUUAUCUGCUCUCGGUGAUGUCAUCAACUCUCUUCAACGCAAGAAUGCUCACAUUCCUUACAGGAACAGCAAGCUUACACAAGUUCUGAAAGACUCUCUCGGGCAAGACUCAAAGACAUUGAUGCUUGUUCAUAUCAGCCGGAAAGAAGAUGAUCUGUGUGAAACCAUAUGCUCUUUAAAUUUCGCAACGAGGGCAAAGAACAUCCACUUAGGACAGGACGAAUCAAAGGAAGAACGAGAGAGAAAGGAGACUGUGAUGAGGUGUCUGCAGAAUAUGAUGGAAACGAUCGAGAAAGAGCGUGAGACAAAGUUAAAAGAGAUCAGACAUCUUAACGAGACAUUAGAGAAACUCUCUGGUAAACCACACGUUAUUGAAGAAGUGGAUGAGAUAAGAGAAGAGAUUCAAGUUACUCCAAAGUUAAAGAGAAACAAAUCAAGACGUGCUUCAGAUGUUUUUUCUAGCUUCAUGAGACCAACAGCUAGCAGCAACCGAAGAUUAUCAGGGGCAGACUUUAGAUCAGUCUCCAAUGGUCCAGGUUUCAAGUCUAGAAGGAACUCAAUGGCGCAUUUCAGAUCUGAAUCUGUGUGUAUUCGGAUGAAGGACGGAUUUGAUUCUCUGUGUGACUCAUCAGAGAGGAGCAUUUCGAAGUCGACUUGCGCUAUAAGUCACAAUAGAGCAGACAACGCAGCUACGGUUUAUAGUCAGGAGAUAUCUGAAUGUGACAUUAAGUUGGUCGUGUGUGAGCACAAUACAAAUGUUAACCAGAAAGAGGGUGGAACAGAGUUUUCAAGGAUUAACAGUUGGCUUCAUUCGCAAUCCGAAAACAGAAGUUACUUGCUCGACAAGAAACUCAGAGUAAGCAGAAACAUAUCAUGGGAAAGGUCAUCCAAUGGAAGUAAAACAUUGGAAGAUAUCGAAGAGUCCAAAACAGAGAUUAAACAUCCACUGUUGCUUAAAGAUCAGUUUGAGCCGGAGUGUCUCUGUUCUGCCGAAACAGAGGAUCAGAUUCUGUCCAAAUACCCUAACCCUAACCCUAAUGAAGAAGACAAUGGAUCUCUUCAUCUUCCAAGUUUCCGAUACGAUGCAUGGUUUGGAGUGGAUGGAAGCGCGGCUCGGAAAAAAGAUUCACAGGCCUCGGGAUUGCUAUUAGAACUCAAGCAGCCUUUACCGAAUUAUCAGAGAGGAUUGGAGUUCAAGGAGGAUGUAGCUCCACCAUUUCUUGGCCCACAAGGAAUAUUGGUCCAGACAGGAAGAGAUUAUACAUUUGUGCAGAAACUUGAGGCAUUAAGCUUACGCAUACUUUUGGGAUUAGGGUUUAUUGAUGUGGGCUAUGGUAGUAACUUCUUCAACGGGUUAACACAACAGUAA